AUGUCAAAGGGUCGUAUGGCGAUAUCCAAGUCACGACAUCAACAUCAGGAUACAACAUCCACCAUUUUCAAUUCUAGUAUCGAUGAGGAAAUGACAUUUAAUGAAGAAAAUGUUGUGAUAUCGGCCGUGAUAAUGAAGGUGCAUUUAUUUUCCAAGUUAAUGAUAUGGAAAAUUUUACGAACCGUUGGUAAUGUUCCGAAUACAAACGAAGAAGAUCGCGAAAAUCAAUCAGCUUCCCAUAUAAGCUAUGUGUUAUUGAUGCGACACAAUAAAGACAACAAAUCAGAGGAUAUGAUAUCUAGGUUCAAUAACAAAAUGUUCUUCUCGGGUAGACUUCCUUUUGCCGGUAAAAUUGAUUAUAAUUGUUCUGCAGCGGCAGGGCUGAAGUUGCGCUUUUAUGCAAUUUAUGGAUCGCUGGCUACUUAG